UUCAGCAGCUACUUUCUUCUCAAAACCCAUGAUUCAUGAAGAGAAUCCCAAAAAGUCUCCACCUUUUCUCUCUUUAUCAAUGGCGCCUUCAAAGCCCCUUCUUUCCCCUCUCUUCACCCCUAUUCAAGAAGGGAAUGAGGAAGACGAGCACAGAUGCACUGGUAGUCCGGUGAGUGAGUAUAAGCACCGCCCCACGCCGCUCCACCGCUGCCCGGAGAAGAAACGGCCGGAGAGCGACGGGGAAGACGGCCGGGGAGUGUUGUGCAACAAGUGCCGGCCGAGCAGCCGGGAGAGAAUCUCGGUGGUGCCCAUGGACGGCCGGAACUCGACGACGGCGAGCCCGAACGGGAUUUUCAAGUCGGUUUUCUCUCAUCUGGUGAGGAAGAGCCCGAGGUUGUCGGAGGACGGGUCUUCGUCGUCGACGACGUCGUCCGCGGCGCCGCCGGAUCAGUGGAAGGCCGCGGUGGCGGAGCUGUCGCAGAAGCUGGUCCAGGCCACCAAGAAGAAGGACGACGCCGUUUUGGAAGCUUCGAGAUUGAAAAACUCCAUGGCCGAGCUGGAGAAGAAGCUCAGCAAGCUCGAAGUGUAUUGCCGGGAUUUGAAAUCCGGCCUCGAAAUCUACGGCGGCAACCAUCCUCGCCCUCACCUGACAUUCCAAUGCCUCAAAACAGGGGAUCAAGAAAGGGUGAUCCAGCGUUUCUUGGUCUCCGUCUCCGAAGCCCGUUCCUCGAUUCGGGUCCUGACCCGAUCCAUCGCCGUGCACCUCCGUCAAAUGGCCGCCGGGAAAACCCACGACCGGAUCUCCCAGCUCCUCCACCCCUACGACGUCAAGAACUCUCUGUCCAAAAACUCCCGGGUCGGGCCGCUCUACAUUGAAGCCUUGCUUAGCCGGGCAUUCUUCGAGGACUUCGAGACGGUCCGGUUCCAGAAGAGUUCCUCUAACCCGGUCCUGAACCCGCUCGACCGGUGCGCCGCCAACUUCGCGGCGGUGAACCGGCUGCAAGGGCUGAAAUGGGAGGAGGUGCUGAGCAAGGGGACCCGGUUCUUCUCCGAGGAUUUCAGCCGGUUCUGCGACCGGAAAAUGAGCGAGGUGGUCACUUUACUGGCGUGGAACCGGGCCUGGCCGGAGCCGCUAUUGCAAGCCUUCUUCGGGGCAUCAAAAGCCGUCUGGCUGGUCCACCUCCUGGCCAACUCGGUCCACCCGGCUCUGCCUAUAUUCCGAGUGGACGAGCAAAACCGGUUCGACCCGGUUUACAUGGAGGACAAAGGGGGAGACCGGGCUCGGAAGCUGGUUCCGACCACGGUCCGGAUAAUGUUGACUCCGGGUUUCUACGUUUACGACAAUGUGGUGAAGUGUAAGGUACUGUGCCGGUACAACAACGCCGCCGAUGAUGCGGUGGACGACAGUAAUGCUCUGACAACGCCGUCGCCGGUGGGGACAAAAGUGCUAAUGAAUCCUUAAUCACAGAGUGAUUAGUGUUAAUAAUCUGUUUUUUUGGUGUUUAGUUGGAUUUGUUUGUAAUGCAUGGGGGGAGGAUUAUAUAUAUUAGAAGAAAAUCCUACAUUAUUA